AUGAGCUGGCAAGGAAAUGAUGAAAAUCUUGCAAGAGCUGUUUUGACGUGGGCAGCUUUUUCACUGCGUCCGAUUUCUCUCCUUGAGAUUCAAGAGAUUUAUGAUCUGGCACCUAUGAGCAUUCGUGAGCUGAAGAAUGCCAUCCCUCGAGUAUGUGGAGAAUUUGUGGAGAUAGACACCAAAUUCUGUGUGGAUCUUGUCCAUGAAACCGCCCACCAUUUCCUUACCGAAGUUCGAAACCAUCGACUACAUCUUGAUCACGAUCAUGCACAUUUUGAGAUAUUUUUGCGAUGCAUGACUACACUGAACGCGAUACAAAGACAGUCACAAGUUGAAAAGCCUGCUAUCGGAUCUUUUGUUUCUUAUGCGAUGGCCUCGUGGCAUAUACAUCUUGGCAAAAUGAGAAACCCAACCGACGAAAGAACUUUUCAGUCAUUACUGGAAUUUUUGUGUAGUCAAUCGGUUAUAAACUGGAUCAACUUGGUUGCACUCCACGGCCAACUCCACCUGUUAGUGGAUGCAUCUCAUGGGGUAAUACAAUAUCUCCAACACCUGGAAAAGACUAGACCUGGAAAUUUCCACGAUUCGGAGCAACAAGUGCGAGUCGGUGACGUACUGCAAUGGACAUUGGAUUUAGAGAAUCUGGUUGGUCAUUAUGGGGCAAUCCUCGCGCAAUUUCCACACGCAAUUUAUGAAUUGAUACCACCAUUUUGUCCAAGAAAGAGUUCAAUUCGAAAAUAUGCGGACAUGGACGACAAGACAGGUCUGAGGGUGAUGGGUUUGACGAACAACCAGUGGACCAAUCUUGGAGCUCAAUUCCCAGUCACAAGGGGUGAAAAUGUCCGAGAAGUGAUUUGCGGCGGUCGAUUCGUGAUUGUCACGUCGGCUGCUAUGGACGGUCGAUUCUACGUUUUUGAUAUCACUACCAACCGCAAGUUACAGGAGAUAGAGCAUGGAGAUCCAAUUUUGGCGACUUCCUUGAGCCACAAUGGGGGCAGUAUUGCAAUAUACAGCCCCCGCCAGACAAAAGUUUGGGAUGUUUGUCAAGCCCGCUAUAUUACAGAAACCUCAAAUCCCCUGGGUUCCACUGUGCUAGAUAUUGGAUUUUCCAUUGAUGAUAAAACGCUUUUUGUGUGUUUGGACAAUGGAAUGGUGCGGAAAUUGUCCUUAGCCCUGUUCCCUCAGUGCUGGGAGCAUGUCAUUGGGCCAGUGAAACACUCCUCAGAAUCAGGGAUCCGAAGGCUCCCUUAUUGUGCUGCUUUCAGCCCCGGCUGUAAUAUGCUUGCUGUUGGAUACCACGGGGCUCCACUUUCUGUUUGGGUUAUCGAAUCAGCGACGGGGCCCGUGAGAACGUCGGCAAAGACUUUGAAUACCGAUAGACUCAUCUGGAAUCCAGUUUCAAGGUCCCUCCUUGGUAUUCUUCAUGGAGGUUUCUUAUUUAAAGAGUUGCCUUCAAACGGCGAAGUUCGAAUUUUGGAUGACAUUAGCGUCGACGCCGUUUGCAGCCCAGACGGGCGUUUUGUGGCAACAACCCAUAGCGAUGGUUUUUUGAAGCUGAGACGGUUCGAUGAUCUUUCCGUGAUACACUUGUUCUUUGAGAGCUCCAUUUGUGCUGGGUUGACGAUCAGCCUCUGUGGUGGAAAGAUCUACGACAUUCGUGAUUCGUUUUGCUAUGCUUGGCAGGUGUUCUCGUGGGACCGACAAGCAGAAUCUCCUGAAAAUUUCCUCAGGUGCUCUACUGAAACACCACCCUCUACAAUUUCCAAGAUGACCUCUAGCAAGAAAAUGGUCAGUGCUCUGAGCGUCUGCCAGAUAACAGGAAAUGCCGUUGUCGGAUUUACCUCGGGAGAACUGCAAAUCUUGGGAGAAAACAGCAAGCUCCUAGCAUCACUAAAACCUAGUGGGUUGCAUAUAACACACGCAAUUUGGAGCGAGAACACCUGUUAUCUGGCCACUGCAGACAUAAGCGCAUCCGUUUCUGUGCGCCGAUUUAAUAGAGCUUUGAAUCAACUGGAAACCGUUUUCGAGCACUUGGUUGAAACGAAGAUCCUUCAACUUCUAUUCAACAAGACCAGCACUUUGCUUUUGAUCGUGGAUAAUCUUUUUCUUACGAUUCUCUCGUCACAUUCUGGGUCAUUAAUCUCAAGGAAGCCGAUAUCAAGCACAGGGUAUCUUGGGGUUAAUCACCCACGAGAUAAUAAUCUUCUCCUCUUUUUCAGUCCAAAGAAGAUGCGAUCCUUUUUAUGGAAAAAUCUUGAAGAGCUAGAACCCCGAAGUCUUGAACACCAGUCCCCUUUGUAUCAGUCUGAUGAGACCUCACGUUGGACAACAAAACCUGAAGUCAAAAAGAUUUGGACUUCCUCGAGUACGUCCCUCAUCGUCGUUCAGUUUACCGCUUAUGGAGAACAUGGCCUUGAAAGGGCCGAGCUUUUCUUCGUUGAUUCCCAGAGCAUAGCUUCUGUUACUAAAGAAAGCCUUCUCUGA